GGUCGGUCCCGGGUUGUCCUGAAGCGUCUCUGAGGAGCCUCCGGAUCCGAGUCGCAGGCGCCUCCCGGCCGCAGACACAUUUGAAACUUUACAAGAAUCAAUAAUGAGCUGUUGAUGUCUGCUUUGAUUUUGUCUCUGAAUCGACUGUACCAUUUCAUUUGAGAUCACGUGCACUCAGGUCUCUCUUAAUAGUGAAACAAUCCUGCAAUGUGUCAAAGUGGAGGAACCAACAAGGUAUUCUGGUUGAUGUAGCUUUCGUACCCUUGGGAAUGCAGAUAAACUCUGAGAAAUGUGAAUGCCUGUGAAAUUAAAGUUCCUGUCCACACUCCAAAACUGAUUAGCCUUGCCCAUCAAGAUCACAAAUUGUAAGCACACCCAGUCUGGCACAGAUUUAGAAGAGAAGAACGCCUACUCAAGGAGUCUCUGAGAACGUGAAGAGCAUUUUUCCUCCAAGAUUUCAUCUCAUCUGCAAUGUACAUUAGGAUAGUAUUUGGAUAGAUUCAUGUGGAACCAAUGGCUGAAUAUCAGACUUAUCAUCCAUAAGGAAUACAAACUGUCUUUUAAAUUUUUCUUUAAGGAGAACAGUAAUAUUUUUUGCAUGCACUCUACUUGUUUCUAAAAUCGAUUCUGCCCACAAGGCUGUCAUUGCCUUGAGUUUUCUUGACAUUUCUCCCAUAUGAUCAGCUUUAUGGUGCACAUGUGAGGACUAUCCUGUACACGUCUUGCUCCAUAAUGUCAACCAACAGCAGUUCGUGCACACCUCCAGGUAAUGGACAUGUAAAUGGUUACCCAGUGCCCCAUUACCCAUUCUUCUUCCCACCGGUCCUGGGAGGCCUUUCACCACCAUCUAUAAAUGGACUGCAGCACCAACUUCCAGUCAGUGGCUACAGUACCCCUUCACCUGCCACCAUAGAAACACAGAGUACUAGCUCAGAAGAGAUUGUGCCCAGCCCACCUUCCCCACCCCCUCCUCCACGUGUAUACAAACCCUGCUUCGUCUGCCAAGACAAGUCAUCAGGUUACCACUAUGGAGUCAGCGCUUGCGAAGGAUGCAAGGGUUUUUUCAGAAGAAGCAUUCAAAAGAACAUGGUGUACACGUGCCACAGAGAUAAGAACUGCAUCAUCAACAAAGUCACUCGAAAUCGAUGCCAGUAUUGCCGGCUGCAGAAGUGCCUGGAAGUUGGCAUGUCCAAGGAAUCUGUGCGAAACGACAGGAACAAAAAGAAGAAAGACACCCCCAAGCAGGAGUGCUCUGAAAGCUACACAAUCACACCUGAGACUGAGGAUCUAAUAGAGAAAGUACGGAAAGCCCAUCAGGAAACCUUCCCAGCUCUGUGUCAGCUUGGCAAAUACACUACUAACAACAGCGCUGAGCAGCGAGUAACGUUAGAUAUUGAUCUCUGGGACAAGUUCAGUGAGCUCUCGACUAAAUGCAUUAUCAAAACUGUCGAGUUUGCCAAACAUCUUCCUGGAUUUACCACUCUAACCAUCGCUGACCAAAUCACCCUCCUCAAAGCUGCCUGCCUAGACAUCUUAAUUCUGCGAAUCUGUACCAGGUACACCCCUGACCAGGACACCAUGACUUUUUCUGAUGGCCUUACCUUGAACAGGACACAGAUGCAUAACGCCGGCUUUGGUCCCCUCACUGAUCUGGUUUUUGCGUUCGCCAAUCAACUACUACCACUGGAGAUGGAUGAUGCAGAGACCGGACUCCUGAGUGCUAUCUGCCUCAUAUGUGGAGACCGUCAGGACCUGGAGGAGCCAGAGAAAGUGGACAAGCUGCAGGAACCAUUGUUAGAAGCUCUAAAGAUCUAUGUGAGGAAAAGGAGGCCAAACAAGCCACACAUGUUCCCGAAAAUGCUGAUGAAGAUUACAGAUCUGCGCAGCAUCAGUGCCAAAGGAGCUGAGCGGGUCAUCACCCUCAAAAUGGAGAUCCCUGGAUCCAUGCCACCGCUCAUUCAGGAAAUGCUGGAGAAUUCUGACGGAAUUGAUCCUUCCUCCUCACCUUGCAGUAAAGGCAGUGCUGCGCGUGCAUGCAGCAGCCCGAGCAUGUCCCCGAGCUCUGCCAGCAGCAGUCCAAACACUCAGUCACCAUAGCUUCCAGAGAAGGAGCAAGUGAGUUAGACUGUCACUCACAUGGACGCUUGGCGUGAGGGUGAAAUGUUCACAGGAGAGCCACAGUAUUGUUUGCCACGUACUCUGCAGCUUGUGGAAGGCGUUUCGGACUGAGUUGGAGCUUACACACUGUGCAUAACCACGCUGGAAGCUCUUUCAAACGUGCAUAACUGAGAUGGACGCUGAAUUCAAGGCUGUGUGAACAGCUGAGGAAAAAAAACCCACAUAGACACACACAUGCACACGUGCACACAUUUCCACACACAUGCACUCAGUUAUACACCCAUGCCUUCCCCGUCCCUCUUAAAAAUAGGAAUCACCAUUCUUGAAGCAGACUCUGUUCCACAUUGCAAGCCUUCAGCUUCUGGUUUUAGACCACGCUUUGAUUUAACGCUAGGAGAGAACUAUAAGGACCAUUUGUGUUAAUUUUUUUUUGAAAUAUUUUUCCUCUCCUUUUGUUUAUCUUUCAUAAUCUUAUAUAAAUACUAGCUGAUAGACUGGCUCACCAGCAGAAAAUCCAGUAGCAUCCAAAAAAACAAGGAAUUCAAACAAAAAAAAGUUUAUACGAAUGAAACAUUUCAUGAAUUAUUUUUGUGAACUGUUAGAUGGAAUUUACCAGAGGAGGAAGGAAAAGCAUGAUGAUGUCAUCACAUUUUUGAAAUGAGUUGCAUUCAAGAUGGAAGAUAAUGAAGGUAACAAGGUUCCGCUAGGGAUGUCUGUAAAUAUGCUGUUCUGUUUAAUGUACUCACAACAGGUUUCCAAACUUUACUUUUAUGCUUUUGUUAAUUGGACGUUCAUUUUAAGCACAUUAUUUCUGAGGGUAAGCACAGCUCUGAAGUACCGUGUAGAUCUGCAAUAUUGUGCGCAGGCCGCUGCAUAGCCGGGGAGCUAUCUGUGCAUGUGCACUAACAUACUAGGGUCCCACCUCGCGCCCCUCGCUGCAAAUUAGAGUUUAUUGGCAAAGAUGGUGCCCUUUCCCAUUCUAGGGCCGAAAGUGAGUCGUAGUUUACAGCACAGGCUGCUGGUUAACAAGGACCCUGCCUCCUUUGGCUUUAAUUGACUGGAUUCUGAGAUUGUGUGCCAACUCCGGUUGUUUUGAAGUACAUCAGUGGAGGUGAGGAGCAUAUCUUGUCAACUAAACGCUUCCUCGUCCUCACUGAUCAUGUACACCGACCUGGGAAGUUAUCGGUGAAUUAAUUUGACUGCAGUUUACACAGGAGAUUCAGUCACAUUCAGCAGUGUCACUGGCAAAAAAAGGACUUUGAGUUUCUCAGGAUAUGACCAUGGUGUACUGUGACCAUUGACCAGCAUAGUGCUCAGGGUGUUCUGAUGGUUCAUUCAAAGGAAUGAUCGAUCGCCUUUCGAAUUCACUUUGUUUGACUCUCAGUACCCUUGUUAUAGUUAACGCUUUAAACCGCAUUGGAAUUUUUUUUUUGAUAUUUGAGGCUGCCGUGUUUGAAUGUGCACGCAAUUCUAAGAGUGAAACAGGCCUGACUGGAUACAAGUGCGCUGUCAUGGGCUGAGGCAAAACACCACUCCUUCAAAAUUCAUCGUUCCUCUGCUCUCUACCUCUCCCACCAACUCGUAAAUGUCGACUGAGGUCGGGGAAAUCACUCUUCCAAGAAGGCAAAAACCAAGAUUGUGUUUUGUUUUCCUCUCUUUUAGACUUGAGGGGGCCUCUGAGAUAACUCAACAUUAUUGCCCCCUCCUCAUUAUGCAGAGAAGGGACAGUGAGUUGCUUUCUCAAAUCACUGCUAGAGGUUUACUGUGUCUGAGUGACAUGGGCUGGUCCACAGCACAGAUAAGACUCAUCCACAUUGGUGCUGGACUAGAGUCAGCUAUAGGCCAGGUAAAAGUGGCAAGUUUCCUUCCCUAAAAGACUCAAGUUGAACCAGUAGAGUUUUUUUUAAUGACAAUCCAACAGCUUCGUGAUCAUUUUUUCUGGUGCCAGUGCUUUUUAUGCAGAUUUUUAUAUUUGUUUCUUGCUGUAUUCAAAUUUUCAAACCUACCUAGUUAUAUGACCUUUAAUGCCAAUCACCAAAGCUCACAACUGACUGGUAUUGUGUGGAAAAAAAGGUAAUAGACAACCGAUGAAAUGCAAAACAAAUUGUGGGAACAAUUCGGCUGAACAAGUACAAGCCAAAUAAACUGAAACCAUUUUCAAUCAAUCUGGGCUCGUCAGUGAGAAAGAUUAGACCAAGUGAUUGGGGUGAGUGUGGGGAGGACAAGUUAUUGAUGAAUUUUUUUUCCAUCAGUUUUGAGGUGAUUAUUUUGACCUUCAACCUUCUGUCAAAAUUAGAAAUCCAUUCGCUGGUCCAAGGUCUUGCAGCAUGUGAGUCUGUUUCCAGCAAAGAGCAAGGUCUUUUAUUCUGCUGAUGUUGAGGUCUCAGAUGAUGGAAUUUUUUUCAGUUCUUGACUGAACGUAAAUCACUUUGACAAGACAAAAACUGGGAGGAUGAGGAAGCAAAGGCUGGUGUGAAGGUUAAAAGGUUGCAUAAAAUCGCUGGCUAUCGGUCUGGGAUGAGAUUCAGCCAGAGCAUUUUUUAAAGUUUAGAUCAAUUUGAGCUUUGUAUGAAGACAGUGUGUAGCAGACCAUCAAAGCAUAAUGAUGUGACUGGGGGAGACCGCACUGACACCUGUCAACGAGGCUGUGCAUUUAGCAGGAAUGACACCCCCAGCUGCUGGUUUUUUCCUUUUGAUAGUUUAAAGCAAGGCACCUCUCACCACUAGCAAUCGACACUGAAAUAGAGGAAGAGACGCUUUUCUGCCUGGGUGCCAGGGCCAGGGUUUCUGCGUGUGGGGUUAAAUGUUUUGGUCCUGGGUGUUGCAGUCAGAUGCAAGAGAACUCACAAGCCCCCAUUUUCCACAGGGCUGAAUAGUGAUGAGCAAAGGGAGACAAAAGGAGGUGACUGGCAUAUGUAAGUCAGAGGUCCUUCUCCUGCAAGGUAACUCACAGCACAGUAGCAGCAGCCAAGUACAAAGAGUGUAAGAUCAGUGCAUUCGGUACUAACUCCAGAAGCACCCUUAGUUUUAGAAAGAUCAGAAGCUCAGUUGAUCUAAAAUUUAACACAGUCCAUAUCUUGUUUGUGCUUCACUGGCAUCUAUCCAGCACACUGGAGAGUUAUGGUGCACCCAGAUUUACACUUUGCAGAUUCCACCAAGUGGUUUGAACAAUCCCAUUUGACAAUUUCAGUGGAAGUGUCCUAAAAUUGGAGACCAAUUAAACAAUUUACUCACGAUCUAUAAUCUCUGGAGAAUGUAGCAGAUGAAGAGUUAGCAUCAACUAUUCAACCUUUUUCCUCACAGUCCGGUGCCUAUUCCAGGAAAGUAGCUAUAGAAAGGUGCGAAACUAAUGCCUUUUCAGCUUAAAAGUGUUUUUUUUGACGCAGAUUUUAUUUUUGGGCAAAUUCUCCCCAUCAAAAUGGCUUCAGUUUUUCUUAAAAGGAGAAUUCACAGCUCAGUAUUAAUUUUUUUAUAUAUAUAUAAUAUUUAUUGGAGUUUUAGCUCUCAGUUUGAACGACACAAUCUCAGCCUUGGUCUACUUGCCUUUAGCAAACCUAAGCAAAUAGUGCCACUCACUGGCCAUUAUUAUUAUUGCAAGUUCAUUUUCAGUGCAUGGUAUGUGAGACCAAGCAUCUGAAACUGCUGAAAACAGGCUCAGUGAAAAGAUGGCACAUUUCCCAAUGAAGUCUUGCAGUCAUUGAAAUGUACAUGGGGAAGAAGACACCUAAUCCUGAUUGUGACCCAGAACAGAUGGGGCGCAAGUGUUUUGGGUCAUUGUGAGUGAGAGAUCAUGAAUGAAAACUUCCCUCCCUGGCUGCACUGUACGUUCCUCUUGUUCACGGAUAUUGUCUUAUUGCUCUACCUUGUGAAUGAAUUCCUCCCAGCACGUCCCUUCCCCACCUUCCUCCCAGCCCAGUGACAGCACAUCUGUCUCUGUGUUUGUAAGUGGCAAUGUGGCCCAAUUCAGUGUCAUAUUUUACACAAUUUUUCUAUUGUAAAACAGCCACCUGUGGUUUUAUCAGAAUAAAAGGUACAGUUACACAUUUAGUUGGAUCAUUAACCUGACACCUCCACUGUUUAUGGCAAGUUCUUGUUCUGUUCCUGGAUGUGUUAGUGUACCAAGUCAGACUGUACAGUAAGAUUUCCUAUAAUAAGGCUUUCUCUGUGCAGAUGUUACUGUUAAAUUUUCAUGAAGUCUACU